AUGUGUCGCAUAUGGGAGUCCACGAGUGAUGCCUUUGAACUCAGCCCGACAAGCCUUGCGUCUCAACAGGAGCGCCUCUGCUUGCCAGCGAUAUACCCGCAAUGCUCCAAUUGCGAGGCGGCAGGGACUGAGUGCCUAAGCUAUGACUUGGGCAAGCAGCGUGAAAUCCCCCGCGACUACGUCGAGAGCUUGGAGGCCCAGAUCGAGCGCCUGAAAGCCGAGGUGCAGCUUCUUGGCUCGCGACCUUGUGCUGCGCCAAACAAUGAGGCAUCCUCCUCGGAGCAAGCAUCAUCUACUACUCCGCAAUCCGACCAUGAGACUGGCUCCGAGCUCUACACGUCCCUUGCGCUGGCCGUUCUAGAUCCUUCUGACGAGCCGAGAUUCGUCGGAACCUCUAGCGGAGUGACCUUGGCCAAGGCGAUAUUGGGAUCACUCGAGUGCAACAUGCCCGUAUCCCCGUCGGUACGUUCUUCGCAAGAACCAAACAUGAACGUGCUUCUUCCUAGAUCAUCACCGCCGCUGCCAUCAAAAGAAUCCGCCACCUAUCUCAUCGACAUUUACUUCCAAUGUCGAACACCACAUUUGCCUCUGAUGGAGCGGGCAGACAUCCUCAGAUGCGUACAAAAUGCUUAUCAGGCCCACGACAACGAAGCCGCGACAGUGGCCCAACGCAAGAGCAGAGAUGUCUUUAUAACCUUGAUGAUAUUUGCUAUCAGUUGCUGCGGGCUGAAGGGCCAAGUCGGAAGAGGGGCGUCUGAUCGGAGUGAGUCAUUCUUCCACUCCGCCGUCCAGUGUCUGGACUCGACCAUCGGCACCGCUGCCAACGACACAAAGACACUCACAGAUAUCUUGCUGCUGGCACAGUAUGUCUCACUAUCGCCCUCCAAAGGCAAUCUCUGGACCCUAUCGGGUCUUGCAAUACGAGCCUGCAUUGAGCUGGGUUUCCAUUGGGAAACGAACCUUGUGCUGAGGAUAACACAAGCCCAGCUCAAUGAGCGUCGCCGGCUUUUCUGGGCAGCCUACUACUUUGAUAGGCUGCUCGUCGUCACAAUCGGCAGGCCCCUCGGUAUCGAGGAGCAGAGCCUGGGUGCUGGCUACCCAGACCUGCCUCCUGUGCAUCCAUCGCCUGAGGAGCGGCAUGCCCAGCGCGUGGCGAACCACAUCGUGCGCCUUGCCAGACUCGAGGCCGAGACCAAGCACGUGCUCUAUCGCCAGCAGCACACGGUUUCUGUUGCCUUCCCGCAGCCCGAUUAUCAUGUGUGGAUGGAGGACAUCAAGCCGCGGCUGGAGCAGUGGCAUGUCGAUAUCCCUCCGACGCAGGAAGCGCACCCGGAGAGCAUCUAUGCGUGUUCAAGCUGGUGGGAGGCAACCUACAACCAUGCACUGCUGCUACUCCACAGACCGACCCCUCGAGUUCCGAAGCCAUCGCCUGCAUCCCUCAGCAUUUGCUUCGAGGCGUCCACCAAGCUUAUAGAGCAUGAUUUGGGUUUGGGCUCAUCACCUCUUCGUGGCCGGCUUGUUGCUCACCUACUCGGUCUGGAACUCGAACGAGCUGAGAAAAUCGCUUGCCCCGAGAGGAUUGUCAACAUCGGCCAAAUCUGUGCUUCCAGCCUCGCGGCAGUGGCGGAGAGGUACCCAAAAGCAGCAGGAUGUCGUGACGCUAUCGAGUCCAUGGUGGCUGCUACAGUACGGAGGUUGUUCGCGUCCCAGGAUCGGGUUCCCGCGUGGCCUAUCAGCGCAGACUCCGGUACCCAUCAGCAGGAUGCCUUUUGGCCGCCACCGCAGCCAGGCCAUACAGACGACUUCAUGGAGGGGAUAUACUCGUUGCUGCCGGAGGAUCUAUGGGUUGUCGGCCAGGGUGCGUGUCAGGGAUUGGGGUGGCCGAUUCUCUCGGGCGAAGAUGACAGGACAGUGCUUUGGAGAGAGUUGGAUGAGAGCAGCCUCCAAUUUGGCGAAUCUAUGACUAACGAUGGAUAG